AUGACCGCUCCUAUUAUCAUCACUGUGCCGAACAACUAUCUAGCGGUGGACGAAAUGGAGAUGAAGUCGAAGGUAGUGGUCGACGUGGCAUCUCCGGCUCCAUCCAGAAAGCGCCGCCUCGACCAUUUAUCAUGGGAGGAAAAAAUGCAAAGAAAGAAGUUGAAGAACCGCGUAGCGGCACAGACCUCGCGUGACAGGAAAAAGGCGAAAAUGGAUGAAAUGGAAUCAAGAAUUCAAUACUUUAUGGACAUGAACGAGCGUCUCACUAGCGAAGUUGAGAGCCUAAAAGCUUUGAACGAGCGUUUGUUGACAGAAGGAAGGGCACCCGACGGCGAUCCGCGCGGCACGCCUGCUGCUGGCGAUGUGUCUCCUAUCGCAGACCUCCUUGCUCACUUCGAAUCAGAAGAGUACCUCGACACCCUCCAUCAACUUGCAGACUCCCUGCUCAAAGAAAUUGAUGCAAGUGCUGCAGGAGCGGCUCAAGAUGAGCCAGUCAGGGACACUAGAGAGUGCCUUGAAGGAACUAAAGUGGUGGGGACCGCAACAAAGCAAUUGGAACCCAGUAAAGGUGCAGUCUUAGAUAUCAAGCAUGAUGUUGACAGGAUAUUGUCACAACACUCCUACGCGCAUCCUUACAAACCUGAGAUUGUCAUCACCGAACCUACAGAAGUACAAAUCAAAGAAGACAAUAAUGAUAAAGGAGACAUGUUUUAUGCCAGCUGUGAUGAGGCUAAUGACUGCAUCACCAUUGAAGUGCCAUGUGAAGAACACAUAGUUGAAGAAACUCCUAUACAGAUAGAGACUGACAUCAAAUCUCUGACAGACUGCUCAGCGAUUACUGUGGAAUGUGACAUGAAAAUGCUCUCUCCAAUGACAAUGUCGCCGGAAUCUGUAGAGGGGAGUCUAGGUUUGUCCCCAGCACACACCAACUUGAGCUCAGACCUUGGCUACGAGUCAUUAGCUUCACCACUUAGUGAACCAGAUCCCAUGGCUCUUUCAGACUUUUACUGCGAUUUUUGGUGUGAAUCAUAUUCAGAACUAUUCCCUGGUCUAGCAUAG